UGUAGCCUUUAUGAGUAGAAGGUACUGGAGGACAACAGUACAACUUGAAGGCAGUGACUGUCCCAUCGUAUCCUUGGUGCCCACUUAGUGCCUGGCAUGAUACCUUUUUGAUCAAUCCACUGGCUGGUGUGGGUGGGGGAAGACCAAGAGUCAAGCGGAGGGUACAGAUUGGAAAUAGGCUUGCAGGCAGGUUUGGGGGUGAUUGAAAACGCACAGUCGCCCCAGUAGAAUUGGCUCUAACAAAGGCUUGUUUUGUGAUUGUUUGCAGAAAGAUUACCACUUUGAAUAUACGGAAUGUGAUAGCAGUGGCUCCAGGUGGAGAGUUGCCAUUCCGAAUUCUGCAGUGGACUGCUCUGGCCUGCCUGAUCCUGUGAGAGGCAAAGAAUGCACUUUCUCCUGUGCUUCUGGAGAGUAUCUAGAAAUGAAGAACCAGGUAUGCAGUAAGUGUGGUGAAGGCACCUACUCCUUGGGCAGUGGCAUCAAAUUUGAUGAAUGGGAUGAAUUGCCAGCAGGAUUUUCCAAUGUUGCAACCUUCAUGGACACUGUGGUGGGUCCUUCUGACAGCAGAGCAGAUGGCUGUAACAACUCUUCUUGGAUCCCUCGUGGAAAUUACAUAGAGUCUAAUCGUGAUGAUUGUACGGUAUCUUUGAUCUAUGCUGUUCACCUUAAGAAGUCAGGUUAUGUCUUCUUUGAGUACCAGUAUGUCGACAACAACAUCUUCUUUGAGUUCUUUAUUCAAAAUGAUCAGUGCCAGGAGAUGGACACCACCACAGACAAGUGGGUAAAACUUACAGACAAUGGAGAAUGGGGCUCUCAUUCUGUAAUGCUAAAAUCAGGCACAAACAUACUAUACUGGAGAACUACAGGCAUCCUUAUGGGUUCUAAGGCGGCCAAGCCUGUGUUGGUAAAAAAUAUCACAAUUGAAGGGGUGGCAUACACAUCAGAAUGCUUUCCGUGCAAGCCAGGCACAUUUAGCAACAAACCAGGUUCGUUCAACUGCCAAGUGUGCCCCAGAAACACCUAUUCUGAGAAAGGAGCCAAAGAAUGCAUCCAAUGUAAAGAAGACUCCCAUUUUUCAGAAGAAGGAUCCAGUGAGUGCAUCAAACGCCCUCCCUGCACCACAAAAGACUAUUUCCAGAUCCACACUCCAUGUGAUGAAGAAGGAAAGACACAGAUAAUGUACAAGUGGAUAGAGCCCAAAAUCUGCAGGGAGGACCUCACAGAUGCUAUUAGGUUGCCCCCUUCUGGAGAGAAGAGGAAUUGUCCGCCUUGCAAUCCUGGAUUUUAUAACAGUGGAUCGUCGUCUUGCCACCCCUGUCCUCCUGGCAUGUUUUCAGAUGGAACAAAGGAGUGUAGACCUUGUCCAGCAGGAACAGAGCCUGCACUCGGAUUUGAAUAUAAAUGGUGGAAUGUCCUUCCUGGCAACAUGAAAACUUCCUGCUUCAAUGUGGGAAAUUCAAAGUGUGACGGGAUGAAUGGUUGGGAGGUGGCUGGAGAUCAUAUCCAGAGUGGGGCUGGAGGCUCAGAUAAUGACUACCUGAUCUUAAACUUGCAUAUCCCAGGAUUUAAACCACCAACAUCUAUGACUGGAGCCACAGGUUCUGAACUAGGAAGAAUAACCUUUGUCUUUGAGACCCUUUGUUCAGCUGACUGUGUUCUGUACUUCAUGGUGGAUAUUAAUAGAAAAAGUACCAACGUGGUGGAAUCAUGGGGUGGAACCAAAGAAAAACAAGCUUACACCCACAUCAUCUUCAAGAAUGCAACAUUUACAUUCACGUGGGCAUUCCAGAGAACUAAUCAGGGUCAAGAUAAUAGACGGUUCAUCAAUGACAUGGUGAAGAUUUAUUCUAUUACAACCACUAAUGCAGUUGAUGGGGUGGCGUCCUCAUGCCGUGCCUGUGCCCUCGGUUCUGAACAGUCAGGCUCAUCGUGUGUCCCCUGCCCCCCAGGCCACUACAUUGAGAAAGAAACCAACCAGUGCAAGGAGUGUCCACCUGACACCUACCUGUCCAUACAUCAGGUCUAUGGCAAGGAGGCUUGUAUUCCAUGUGGGCCUGGGAGUAAAAGCACUCAGGACCAUUCAGUUUGCUACAGUGACUGCUUUUUCUACCAUGAGAAAGAAAACCAGAGUUUGCACUAUGACUUUAGCAACCUCAGCAGUGUUGGCUCAUUAAUGAAUGGCCCCAGCUUCACCUCUAAAGGAACAAAAUACUAUCAUUUCUUCAAUAUCAGUUUAUGUGGGCAUGAGGGGAAGAAGAUGGCUGUCUGUACCAACAACAUAACAGACUUUACAGUAAAGGAAAUGGUAGGAAAGUCAGAUGAUGACACAAAUUUAGUAGGGGCAUUUGUAUGCCAGUCAACGAUUAUUCCUUCUGAAAGUAAGGGUUUCCGAGCAGCCUUAUCAUCACAAUCCAUCAUUCUGGCAGAUACAUUUUUAGGAGUGACAGUUGAAACAACAUUGCAUGAUAUUAAUAUAAAAGAAGAUAUGUUCCCAGUUACACGAAGCCAAAUACCAGAUGUGCACUUCUUUUAUAAGUCUUCAACAACGACCACAUCUUGUGCUAAUGGCCGGUCGACUGCUGUGAAAAUGAGAUGUAACCCUAAUAAACCUGGAGCAGGAGUGAUUUCAGUCCCCAGCAAGUGCCCAGCAGGCACCUGUGAUGGAUGUACAUUCUAUUUCCUGUGGGAGAGUGCCGAAGCUUGCCCUCUCUGUUCGGAGCAUGACUUCCACGAGAUUGAGGGAGCCUGUAAGAGAGGAUUUCAGGAAACCUUAUACGUAUGGAAUGAACCUAAAUGGUGCAUUAAAGGAAUUUCUUUGCCUGAGAAAAAGUUGUCAACCUGUGAAACAGUUGACUUUUGGCUAAAAGUAGGAGCAGGCGUGGGAGCUUUUACAGCUGUUUUGCUGGUAGCCUUAACUUGCUAUUUCUGGAAAAAGAAUCAAAAACUAGAGUACAAAUACUCCAAAUUAGUAAUGACAGCUAACUCAAAAGAAUGUGAGCUCCCAGCUGCAGACAGUUGUGCUAUCAUGGAAGGAGAAGAUAAUGAAGAGGAAGUUGUGUAUUCCAAUAAACAAUCACUACUGGGAAAACUCAAAUCCUUGGCAACAAAGUUAUCCACACCUGUGCUGAGAAUGAACGGCGAUAGCAGCCCAGAGGACACCAUUGGGUUUCAGCUUAGCUGAACCAUUAGUGAACAGAGGCCCAGGCAUUUAAGGGACCUCGAUGAAUCAAGGGCUCCCUUGGGCCAGUGGCUUUCUUUUAGGUGUGGUUGUUGUUGUUAGGUGCCGUCAAGUUGCUUCCGACUCACAGUGACCCUGUGCACAACAGAAUGAAACACUGCCCAGUCCUGAGCCAUCUUUACAAUUGUUGUUAUGCUUGAGCUCAUUGUUGCAGCCACUGUGUAAAUCCACCUCACUGAAGGUCUUCCUCUUUUCCAUUGACCCUGUACUCUGCCAAGCAUGAUGUCCUUCUCCAGGGACUGAUCCCUCCUGACAACAGGUCCAAAGUAUGUAACAUGCAGUCUCGCCAUCCUUGCUUCUAAGGAGCAUUCUGGUUGUACUUCUUCCAAGACAGAUUUGUUCAUUCUUUUGGCAGCCCAUGGUAUAUUCAGUGAUCUUCGCCAACAACACAAAUCCAAGGAGUCAAUUCUUUUUCGGUCUUCCUUAUUCAUUGUCUGGCUUUCACAUGCAUAUGAUGCAAUCAAAGAUACCAUGGCUUGGGUCAGGUGCACCUUGGUCUUCAGGGUGACAUCUUUGCUCUUCAACACUUUGAAGAGGUCCUUUGCAGCAGAUAUACCUCAUGCAAUGCAUCUUUUGAUUUGUUGACUGCUGCUUCCAUGGCUGUUGACUGUGGAUCCAAGUAAAAUGAAACAACUUCAAUCUUUUCUCCAUUUAUCAUAAUGUUGCUCAUUGGUCCAUUUGUGAGGAUUUUUUUUUCUUUGUGAUGAGGUGCAAUCCAUACUGAAGGCUGUGGUCUUUGAUCUUCAUUAGUAAGUGCUUCAAGUCCUCUUCACUUUCAGCAAGCAUUUAGGUGUGGAGUAGAGGAUAAAGCUUGCUCCAAAGGGUAAGAUGCCACUUUUUCAUGAGAAGCUGAGAUGCCACUGGGAAAAGGCCAGCUGCAUUCUUAAAUAUGCCAUUUUAAUUUGACAAGUGUGUUUUUGGGCCCUUCCUACCUUGUUGACUCACCACAAAUGGGAGCAGGCCAUAGAAUCACAAGAUCUGCCUGGAAAAGGCAUUCCGUUUUGACAUGAGCCCAGCAACAAGAUAAUAGCAGCUUUCAAGAGGGGUGUACUUGGCAUCGUGUCGGGGAGGUAAUGAAGCCAAAACCCUGAAGGGUGCCUCUGGUGGGAGGCUGCUUCCCUUUGCCAGAGCACCUAAUUGACAGAAUCAUCAGUCACAGAGAAUUGUUACCACAGGGCAGACUUGAGGCUGAUCACCUGAUGGGCAAGGAAGUCCUCCUGCCCAGUAGAGAAUGGACAAUACCCAGUGCACCAUUCAGGCAGUUGUCUUUGAACCCGCUUUCCUGUACUUAACCUGCAACCAUCUCCCUAAUUCCUCUUCAUUACCAGGAAUAAAGUGUAGGACAUUUAUUACUUAGAUGAUAAUACAACAUGUUUACACUGAUUCCCAUGGAUUUCUCUCAGAUCUUACUAAUCAGUAUGUAAGACCCUACUCCUUUCCUUUCCAGAAAGCCAUGUCUCUGUCAAUUUCCCAUCUCUUUCAAUUUCCCAUCUUUGUCAUUAAGGCUGUGGAAUUUUACCUUGUUUGCUAAUUAACAAUUUAGCCUGCCACAGUUUUCAUGGACAUUUUUGAAGACAUGACACUCCUAGGUUAGAGACAAAACACAAUUUAGCACCCACAGCAAUAGCAGUAGCCCAAGUAUCAGCAUUUGCUUUGAUUCCUCAAGCCCCAAUUUUAAACCGGACUAAGUGAAAAGGACCAGGUGACACUUGUACAUACAGUGGGUUGCAUUAUAGGAAAGGAAGGCUUAGCUUGGUGUUACUGAUUAAAUUGUGCCCCCCAAGAAUACGUGUUGCAGAUCCCUCUAUGCCUGUGGUUAUAAUCCCAUUUGGGAAUGAAUUGUCUUUGUUAUGUUAAUGAGACAGGAUUAUCGUAGGGUGUAUGUUGAGUCAAUCUCUUUUGAGGCAUAAAAGAGAUUAAACAAGCAAACUAGGAAGCAGAGGUGGGGAAAGAGAAAUGCCAAGCCACGUGAAGAUCACUCAGGAGCAGAAGCUGAGAAGAGACAAGGACCUUCCUCCGGGGCCAACAGAGAGAGAAAGCCUUUCCCUGGAGCCGGCAGCCUGAAGUCAGACUUCUAGCCUCCUAAACUGUGAGAAAAUAAAUUUCCUUUUGUUAAAGCUAUCCACUUGUGGUACUUGUUAUAGUAGCACUAGAUAACUAAGACACUUGGGGAUCCUGAAUCUUUUAUAAUAGGCAGUAAGCAUGUCUGUGAUUUACUCCAGAGAGAGACACUAUCUCUAUCUUCCGAGGCUUUUUUUUUUUUAAUACAAAUGUCUUUGAGAAGAUUACUAGCCUGUAACUAACUAACCCGUUGCCGUCAAGUCGAUUCCGACUCAUAGUGACCCUAUAGGACAGAGUAGAACUACUUCAUAGGGUUUCCAGGGAGCACCUGGUGGAUUCAAACUGCUGACCUUUUGGUUAGCUGCUGUAGCUCUUAACCACUAGGCCACCAGCAUUUCCUAGAACAAAGAACAUUCAGUGAUUUUAUCAGAAGACAUGAAAAUACAAGAGACCCAUUAUCUCCCAAGAGGGAUUUACUUCUCUUAAUUUUGGAAACUCUGGUGGUGUACUGGUUAAGUCUACAGCUGCUAACCAAAAGGUCAGCAGUUUGAAUCCAGCAGGCACUCCUUGGAAACUCUAUGGGACAGAUCUACUCUCUUAAUUCCAUGAAUUUCCAUUUAUAUAAGGACAUUAUUGUAGUAGUGAGGGAAGUGCUUAGGCAGUAGGGAAGAUUUUUUAAGAGAAAAUGACCACUAAACUGAAUCUUAAAGAAUAAGUGGGAAUUAUUCAGAGGGAGAGAGUAUGUCAAAAUAUCACAAAAACUUUUAAAAGCUAGAAAUAGAACUACCAUACGAUCCAGCAAUCCCACUCAUUGGAAUAUAUCCUAGAGAAAUAAGAGCCUUUACAUGAACAGAUAUAUGCACACCCAUGUUUAUUGCAGCACUGUUUACAAUAGCAAAAACAUGGAAGCAACCAAGGUGCUCAUCAAUAGAUGAAUGGAUAAAUAAAGUAUGGUAUAGUUAGAAUACUAUGCAUCAAUAAAGAACGGUGAGGAAUCUGUGAAACAUUUCAUAACAUGGAGGAACCUGGAAGGCAUUAUGCUGAGUGAAAUUAGUUGCAAAAGGACAAAUAUUGUAUAAGACCACUAUUAUAAGAACUUGAGAAGUAGUUUAAUCUGAGAAGAAAAUAUUCUUUUGUGGUUAUGAGAAGGGGAGGGAGGGAGGGUGAGAGAGGGGUAUUCACUGAUUAGAUAGUAGAUAAGAACUACUUUAGGUGAGGGGAAAGACAGCACACAGUACAAGGGAGGUCAGCACAAUUGGACUAAACCAAAAGCAAAGAAGUUUCCUAAAUAAACUGAAUGCUUCGAAGGCCAGCAUAGCAGGGGCAGGGGUCUGGGGACCAUAGUUUCAGGGGACAUCUAAGUCAAUUGACAUAAUAAAAUCUAUUAACAAAACAUUCUGCAUCCCACUUUGAAGAGUGGCGUCUGGGGUCUUAAACGCUAGCAAGCAGCCAUCUGAGAUGCAUCAAUUAGUCUCAACCCACCUGGAUCAAAGGAGAAUGAAGAACACCAAGGACACAAGGUGAUUAUAAGCCCAAGAGACAGAAAGGGCCACAUGAACCAGCGACUACAUCAUCCUGAGACCAGAAGACUAGAUGGUGCCCGGCUACAACUGAUGACUGCCCCGACAGGGAACACAAUAGAGAACCCCUGAGGGAGCAGGAGAACAGUGGGAUGCAGACCCCAAAUUCUCAUAAGACCAGACUUAAUGGUCUGACUGAGACUGGAAGGACCCUCAUGGUCAUGGCCCCCAGACCUUCUGUUGGCCCAGGACAGGAACCAUUCCCGAAGCCAACUCUUCAGACAUGGAUUGGACUGGACAGUGGGUUGGAGAGGGGUGCUGGUGAGGAGUGAGCUUCUUGGAUCAGGUGGACACUUGAGACUAUGUUGGCAUCUCCUGCCUGGAGGGGAGAUGAGAGGGUAGAGGGGGUUAGAAGCUGGCGAAAAGGACACGAAAAGAGAGAGUAAAGGGAGAGAGCCAGGUGUCUCAUUAGGGAGAGAGUAAUUGGGAGUGUGUAGCAAGGUGUAUAUGGGUUUUUGUGUGAGAGACUGACUUGAUUUGUAAACUUUCACUUAAAGCACAAUAAAAAUUAUUAAAAAAAAUUACAAAAAUUUUUAAGUGUUCCUCAUAUGACACUUCCUCCUGUGCAUUAUUUUAUAGCCAGAGAAUUAAAUUGAAAAGGUUCUCUAUAACAAUCACAGGAGACAAGAAAGAGAAUAGAGUUUUUCCUCCCUGAGAAGGUUCAGGGUAGCACAUUUUGUUUUGAAGAGCAAUUUUCGUCUGUAUAAUUUUUUUUUUAAUUUUUUUAAAAUGAAAUUUAGAAAUAUUACAGAAAAGUUGAAAGAACUGUAUAGUACGAACAGCCAUAUACCCACCACCUAAAUUUGCUAUAUUUUGAUUUAUUAAAUAUCUCUCCAUCUAUCCAUACUUCUGUUCAUUUAUCAAUCCAUCUUUUUUAUUUAUUGCAUUUCAAAAUAAGUUGCAGACUUCAAUGCAUUUCGCUCCUAAAUAUUUUGGGAUACAUGUCAUUGAUGAAAAUGAAAUAUCUUAAGGUUUUUAAGGUAAAAUUUUUGAGUAGAGUAAAAUGUACAGAUCACAAGCAUACCAUAUGAGAGGUUUUGAGAAAUGUAUACACCUGCGUAAUGCAAAAUCCUAUCAAGAGAUAGAAUAUUAGUAUUAACCUCUGAAAGUUCCCUCAUGUCCUUUUGUGUACAAUUAGUCCUCAUCCCCAUCCCCCAAAAAGCUAUUGCAAAGAUUUUUUUAAACCAUAAAUUAGUGUUGCCUGUUAGAGCCCCAGAUAAUUACAAUCAUACAGAAUGUAGUACUUUGGGUAAGGUUUCUUUUACAUCUACCUUGUUGUAUUAAUCCGUAGUUGAUUUCCUUUUAUUGCUGAGUACUUUAGUAUACUGUUUUAUAAAUACAUCAGAAUUUGUUUAACCAUUGUUUUGUUGGUUGAUGACAGUGCUGUUUCCAAUGUUUGUCUGUUUAUGCAUGUUUCUUGGAGCAAAGAAGUUUGUAAGAUUUUUAACUGUUGUGUCAUACAAAGUUUGCUUAUUUUAUAUAUCCUAAUCUGUGCUGUAAACAUAUGCUGUAAACAUAAAGUAUUUGGUAUUUCCCUAAUACUGCACUGGGGUUAUGGGGCUUUAUUUAUGUAUAUAUAUAUUUUUUUCAUUGAUUCUGGGCUCACCAAUUUGUUUCUUUUAUAUUUUCAGAUGUUUCUUUCAUCUGUUCAUUCCAUAGUCACCUAGUACUGUGUGUUAAUCAUUUUGCCAGGUUUUGGGUAUCUGUCCAGUAGAAAACAGUCCCUUAUCUCAAGGAGUAUCUAGUUCGUUGCGUAAAUCAAUCAAUCAAUCUCUCUGACACACACACACACACACACAAGUGAGGACAAUGAAUAGGGUUGCUUGAAGCGAAGAGGAGAGGGAGUGUGGUAGGGUGCAUAGUGACAAGAAAAGGAGAAGCUUCUGGUAGAAGUUGGCGUGUAAGUAGUUUCUUGAAUUUAGAGCUUGAAGGGACAAUCUUGUGUGGCAUCCUUAUUUAAUGUAUCAGUAAACUGAAACCUAGAGAGAUUCACUUACUUGUCCAAGGGGUGUUUAGAUAGGAAUUAGAAGCCACAUCUCUUGAGUUACUACCCAGUAUUUUUCCUUCUGUGAUGUAGUGUUUCAGUACCUUU